CACAUCAUAUUCACGCCCAGACUUUACACAAGCAGCUUCCCCUGAGCGUCUGUUUAACAGAAGGUUUCAUCAGUCUUAACUAGCACAUUUCUUUGGGUAUUUUUAUCUGAUUUUAUCUUUGCUAAAUUUCCUGCAGAUACAUUCUUUAUAAAGGAUGAGUCGAUUUUCAACUGACUCCUCCAUUCCACAAUCUGAAGAUCCAGGACCUUCCUACCCUGCAACUAAUAUAACAAGUCAAGUUUAUGUAGAUAAUCCACAAUCCUUACAUGUGGUGGCAAGGCCUCCUCAGAGACGUUCACUUGUGCAGCCAGGAGUACACAAUUGUACCUCGAGCAAAUGUGAACUAUGUGAGAAACAUCUGAAAAAUAUCAGAAUCUUUACCAGCACAACUAAACAAAAAAGCCAUGAGAUAAAAGAUGUUUUUACAUGCAAAUCAUCUAGCGUUAUUUAUGUAAUAGAAUGCCAGAAGCCCGACUGCAAGAAACAAUAUGUGGGGAAGACAAGAAAUUCAUUAAAAAGCAGAUUCAGCAGACACAAAUCAGAUGUUUCACGUAAAUGCAGCCUGCCAGUUUACGAGCAUUUCAACAGCAAAGGACACAGCUUCCAAGAUUUAAAAAUUUUUCCAAUUGAACAACACGAUGAUUUAGAAAUGUUGGAUAAAAGUGAAAUUUUUUGGAUAAAAACACUUGGCACGCAGUAUCCUGACGGACUCAAUUUGGAAAUUUAUGAAUCAGAAUUUUCAGCAAGACCUUGCAAAAGACGAAGAGAAUUAAGUAGCCUGCCUUUAGAAGCUCAACAGAAACUGGAUAAAUGUUAUGAGUCAGAAAAAGAAGCAAGAUAUAUUAUAUCAUCAGUGCAUGAAAAACUACAGCCGCUAUCUUGCUCUGGUAAUGAUGAAGAGUUUCUAAACCAACUGAGGAAAAUGACUUUUAUCCUAAGCUCCAAGAAGAUUUAUGACAACUUAUAUGUUGGAAUAUUUGGAAAGACUGGGGCUGGAAAAAGUUCACUGAUAAACGCCCUUCUGAAUGAAAUUAAUUUGUUGCCCACAUCAGGCCAGAAGGCGUGCACAUCCUGCAUUGUGGAAGUAAAGGCUCAUGAAGAUUUAUUUAAUGAAACGUACAAGGCAGAAAUUGAAUUUAUCAGCAAAGAGGAUUGGAUCAAAGAGCUAAAGACCCCAUUUGAAAGCUGUCAGAUUGACAAUGACCAGGGCCUGUCAGAUCCUGAUGAUGAUGAUGAUGAAGAUGGAGAGGACAGUGAAGGUGAAAUGGCAAAAGAAAAACUAACAGCAGUGUAUGGAGAAGAAGGGCCAAGCAAAAGUUACGAUGAAUUAGUAAACAUUAAGCUGGAAAUGUUUACUCCCCCGAAGAAGACAAUUAUAGCAGAAUCGGUUAAAGAACUGUCUAAGAAUAUAAAUCAGUUUAUCCGGAGUGAUAUGGACAGCAAAACCAAGAGCUAUUGGCCUCUGGUGAAAUCAGUUACACUGUGUGUACCCAGAAAUCAAAAUCUUCUCGAUAACGUAGUACUGAUUGAUUUUCCUGGAAUUGGAGAUACCAAUAAGGACAGAAAUGAAAUGUGGAAAAAGUCCUUAAGCAAAUGCACUGCUGUCUGGAUUGUCAGUGAUAUUACACGGGCAGAAUCCGACCAAAAUGCUUUAAAAAUACUAAAAAAUGUUUUAAAAGAUAUUGUUGGUGGAGGACAAUGCCAAAAUAUUACCUUUAUCUGCACCAAGACAGAUAUUGUUGGGAUUCAGAGUGGUGAUAUGAGAGAUGAACAACAAGGAAUGUCAAGUGAAAACACAGAAAAUACGUGGAAACAAAGAGAAAUACUAAAAAGAAAUAACUUGGUGAAAGAACGUCUAAAAAAAAAAUAUGAGACCAUUGCAAAGAAAGUGCUUGGUCCUAACGUGCUGUUUCAGGAGGAUUUCAUUGAAGUGUUCACAGUGAGUUCAGAACAGUACAGAAAUGAGAAAAAUCCAGUUUUGAAUAAGGAUGAAACAGAAUUUCCACGGUUGGAAAAACACCUGAUGGAUCUUUAUGUCACCCAGAUACAGAAAGAUGUAGAAAACUAUGUGACUGAAGUAUCAGGGAUAACAUCCUUUCUUAACGUCCCACAAAAAAAUGCCAAGGAUGAGGGUAAAACAAAUAUGAAAAUCUUCAAAGAAAUGAGUGGAAACCUCACUAAAGAACUUCAGAGACUGGAGAAAGUUUUUGAUUCAUGUAAAACAAACCUCGAAAUUGAGCUGAAUAAAGGUGUAAAGACAGCAACCAAAGAGUGUCUGGAGAAUGCUGAAAACAUUUUAAAGCCUAAAAGAAAAAAAGAUUAUCGUGGUUACCAUAAAACAGUAAGCGCUUUGGUCAGAAAUGAUGGAACUUACAAGUCUAAAAAUGGAGAAGUCCAUGAUCUAAACAGUAAAUUGGCCUCACCUCUCUACAAGUUUGUAGAUGAGAGUUUUAACACCACUUUCCGUGUGUAUCAUGGUACAAGGAAUACUAUUAAAGGAGCUCUGAAUGUACUUCUGACUAAUGUUCCUAAUACGUCUGACAAAAUUACUCCAUUACGUCUUGUGUUUAUUAAAUCUCAGUUUAAAGGUGUAAUUGCAUCUUUGGAAAAAGAAAUAAUUGAAAGAAAGAAAAACAUGUACAAUUCUCUUGAUCUAUCCAUUCAGAAAGAACUGGCUCCUGUUUACGAAGAUGCCAGAAAUAUAACAGGUUCCAAGUUUAUGACAAAGGUGCUAACAAUGUUCACAAAAAGACUGGAAGAAUUAAAAGAUCUAAUGUUUGAAAAUGCAAAGAAUGAAAUGCUUCAUGAGUUUACAAAAUUGAAGGACUAUGUCAUAUGCAAACUUAAAUCUGAAAUGGAACAAUAUUUAAAGUUGGCACUCUCUCAGUUUCCAGAAAGUCUUGAUUUACCAGAUUUCCAGGAAGAAUUGAAGAAGAUGAAAAUCAUCUGCAAUGAUUUGGAGCUCACGAUCUUUACCCAACGAUCUAUGCCUCGUAUAUAAAACUCCUAAAAUACUCUGAAUUAUUUUAUAAUAGCCAUUAAAAAUAAGUUGCUGUGCUUACUUUUUAGAUUUUUAUUAUGCAUUGUAUGUUGGCAACUGUCCAUUUAUGUACUCAAAUCAAUUGUUUUAUUGAAAAAUUGUAUACAAAUAUAUCUCUUUUCUGUUUCUUGAAACUUGCUCACUAAGGUUUUUCCUUUGAUAUUUAAACUAGGUACACCAUCACUGGAAAAAAGCUACUCAGUGAUGUACUGUAAAAUUAAUCAUACAAAGUUUACUUAGAAUAAUUAAUAAACAACUCAGUAAUAACAUAAAAUUAACUUUAGUGUAUGACAGGAAUUGUUUUUGGUUCAUCUUAAAAAGAAUCACAUUCAGGGGUUUAGGUUUUAACAUAUUCCUAUAAUCCCAUAUGGAUAAAUUAAUAUCUUGAAAAACAAUUAAAUGUGAUAUUAAUUGAUGGAAAAGCUACUGUUUAUUUUUACUUAGAUAUUCAUUUUACACAGAAGUUUGUUUUUCUUAUUAUACUAGAUCAUUUUGUUAUAAAGAGAAAAAAUAGAGUUAACAGAUGACAUUAUGAUAGAAAAUAGACCAUGUUACAGCAUCUUGACUUUUGGUUAACUUAGACAGCUAUGUCUGAUAACCUGUAAACAAUCAGAAUUAUUAAACCAAAUAAUUGGGUUGAUUUUCUAGAAUUAUUAAAAUGAACAAUAUUUUAUUUACCAACUAA